UGAACUCAUAUUUAUGUAGGUUGUUUCUAUUGACUUUUUUUAUACUGUAUUGAUUAUUUCAUUUGCCAGGAUUUUAAAUAAAUCACGUGAUACUUGACCAAUUGGAGCAUCUGACUAUUUAUAGAGGCCAAUAAAAAUAAGAUCGGGUUUGUGCUUAACCGCGAAAUAUGAAUAAGUCCAUUAUUUCAAAAUUUUCCGCUCUUGUCCUAGCAAGACUUUUUAAGCAAACAAUCAAAAGAAAUUUAACAACUACUCCUCCUCUCCUUCAAGAAAAGAAAAAGCAAUAUGGCUAUAAUUUGGUGAAAAAAAUCGAGAGUAAAAGAAAAACUUUUCAAGAGGCAAAAAAGAGAAUCUAUUAUAAGUUUUUUUGUAAAUGUAGAGAAGGGUUCAAUUCUUUUCCAGAGUUCUUGGAACAUGUAAGAACCUCGCAUAAGAUCAAAAACUUGGACUUUCAAGAAAUCUUGACUAAAAAGAAUGGAAUUGGACGAGGAAUUAAAUUCUAUUGGAGUUUAUCUUGUCAGUGCGGUCAUAGGUUUUCUUCCUCUUUAUGUAAUGCUGAUUUGAAAGCAAGAGAGGGACAAAUUGAGAUACUAAAGAAAUAUCGCCUUCAAUGCUUAAAGUGCAAAGAAGAUGCCAAAUUUGAUGUAGAAGAACUACUAGACGAGUUUCUAAAAGAAAGAUUUAAACAAAAAUUAGUUUAUAAUUUUUAUAAGAAAGAAUUUGCUGAAUUUGAAAAUGAAAGAGACAGUGAAAAAAUAUUAGAAGGUCAUAUAGAAACACUUUGUGAAAAAUGUAAAUUGCUUCGUAGACAUUGUGGUAGUGAAUCAAGUUAUCAAGAACAAAUUUAAGUUAGUUGAGGUUGUAAUUUUUAAAUUUAUCUUAUUAAAUAUUAGAUAGCAAGGUCUAAGUUCUUAACUUGGAUUUUUUUAAU